AUGAGCGCUAGCACAAGUGGUACUUCGGCACCAGCUGCAGCCUCACGAAAGUCGUUGAAGGCUUUUAGCGAAGACGUAUGGAAAAACAAAACCGCAAAGAUCAAUGCAGAGCUUUUCACUUUAACUUACGGGUCCAUCGUUUCGCAGCUUUGCACAGACUAUGAGCGCGAUUUUACAAGAGUCAAUAACCAACUCUAUUCAAUGGGAUACAAUAUAGGGGUUAGGCUAAUCGAGGAUUUCUUAGCCCGUACCGCGCUUCCAAGAUGCGAUUCGUUGGCAAAGACCAGUGAAGUUAUCAGUAAAUGUGCAUUCAAGGUAUUUUUGAAUGUCACUCCUCAGAUUGGCAAUUGGUCAAGUAAUAAAGAUUCUUUUUCAAUCUUUUUGGAAGAAAAUCCAUUGUCAGAUUUUGUGGAGUUACCCAUGGAUGCUGCGAGGGAGCUUUGGUAUUCUAACAUUGUCUGUGGAGUACUCAAAGGUGCGUUAGAAAUGGUGCAAAUGGACUGUGAUGUGUGGUUCGUAAGUGACGUUUUAAAAGGCGAUCAAUUGACAGAAGUGAGGGUCAAACUUAAUAGAAUUUUGAAGGACGAAAUUCCAGCCGGUGAGGAUUGA